CAUCUGCGUCUGCCCCCGUUGCCAGUCGCACCAACAGCCAGCAAGCUGCAAGACCGCACAGCGCUCAUCGUUGUCGCCCGACACUCCUUGGUCGAACACAACAAUAGACAAUAGACAGCGCGGCCUUCCCGACACAGCGCCCCUUCACUCGUCCUCCUCCUCCUCCCUCCCCUUUCCUCAUCAUGCGCUUCUCUGUCGCCUGGCCGCGACUUCUUUCCUCCUCUCUCCUCUUCUUUCUGCCCCUCGCGUCCGCCCACGAAGACACCCUAUUCACCUCCUCUGUAUCAUACUGCGCACCCCCAGAAAACCUCCUGGUACAGCAGUUCGAUGUCGCUUACAUCGCCCACAACCACUCAGUCGCCUUCAACAUCUCCGCUGCCAGUGUGCAAGCAAAUGUGAACGUCACUGCCAAUCUCUUCCUCAACGUCUAUGGUACGCACCCUGCCAACAUAACCAUCGACAUCUGCUCCCUCUUCAGCGGCGCACUCUGUCCCCUCCCCGUCUACAAUUUCGUUGGCGCUGAAUCUAUCGCCCUUCCGGACUCCGUCAAUCUUAAUUUCAUCCCUGGUAUCGCCUACAAAAUUCCCGACCUCGAGGCUUUCGCCCAGCUCACCCUCCUCGAGGUUGGCACAGGAGACCUCAAGGCAUGCAUACAGACCACCAUCUCGAACGGUUGGUCGACACAGCAAACCGCCGUAUCGUGGGCUACCGGAGGCAUCGCAUUUCUUGCCCUCUUUUCUUCCGCAUGGCAGCCUCUCAUCCCCGAAGCUCUCGCCCCCUUCAGGCUCCUCGACCUGAUCGCCCUCUAUCAGUACAUUGCCAGCUCCGGUUUCCUCAACCUGAACUAUCCUGUCGUUUACCGCGCUUUCACCCUCAACUUCUCGUGGGCAAUGGGCCUAUUCGGCCAGUCUUCCACUUCUUCAAUGCAGAACAGCAUCACAAACAUGCGCUCUCACACGGGCGGUAGCAUGGUCAAUGCCACGGACGAUGGUGUUGCGCUCGUCAACCGUAAGCUCAGCCCGUACAACGUUCUAUCAGCAAACUACGCUGCUCCCAAGGCGCUCUCUGCGGCUGUCAAGGCUCUUCCUACAAUCAACUUGGCGGAUUUCUCCAACUCGACUUACGUCACCCCAACAAGCGUCCAUAACUCCACUCAGCUGUCCGCGGCUGGUGUUCCUAUAUAUGUCAACGGCCUUGGAAUUGCGACAGCGAACGCUUUCAUGUCCGUGUUUCUCGUUACGCUCAUCUUCAUCGCCAUCACACUAGCAGUCCUGGCUAUCUUUUACGGUAUCCUACUACUCUUCUCACGCAGAAGCAGCAGCAGCAGCAAGCCGACGUGGGUUCGUGACAUUCAAGAUAGAUUCCCUGUAUUUGCUCGUACAUGGGUUUUGCGACUGGCGCUCAUCUGUUUUUUCCCAUUGGUCGUGUUUGCCUUUUACCAAUGGACCUUGAAGGAUAGCUGGCUUUCCAUACUCAUCUCUGUCAUCACCUUCAUCGCGAUCAUAGGCGCCGUCGGCUACGCCACCGUCCGUGUACUUCUUUACGGUCGUCGAUCGUCUCCCUUCCUCCUCCUCGCAGACCUUCCCUCGUACGAACCGCUGUAUGGUCAAUUCCGUGCUCCCCGCUUCUACUUCUUCGCGCUACCCAUUUUGGCGUCUUUCCUGCGCUCUCUUUUCAUAGCCUUCUCCAAAGCCAACGGUACCGUUCAAGUCGCUCUCAUAGUAGUGAUCGAAGCCUUCCUUUUGCUCUCUCUCUCCAUCCUUCGUCCGGGCAAGACUCGCCGCGCGGACGUGCUUUCGAUCUUUCUGGCCAUCGUCCGCCUAGUUUGUGCCGGGUUAUCGAUCGCAUUCCUUGAAAACCUCGACCUGGGCCCCAUUCCUCGCGUUGCUAUCGGUAUCGUCAUGGCCGUUAUCCUCAGUAUCACAGUGGUUAUCAUGUUCUUCAACACCCUAUGGAACCUUGGCCUCCAAUCACUCUGGCACCGCCGCCCAUUAUCUAGCCGUC